UUGUAACUCGGUCCCUGAAUUGCACGCAGUUCUUUCAGGAUUCCACGACACACUCGCAGCGGCGAUGACAGCGCUGCCAUCUUUGACCUGUGUUGUGAUUGUAGCGGAGUGGAGCCAGGCAUGCUAAAUCACACACCGCACAGUCGAUCUGUUACAUAUCGACCACAAGGCGGCGAUAUAGUUACACCUAAGUCCUCCUAAGUUGACUGCGUGGUCGUUUCCUCCUUGCCACUGGUUGUUACCCUGCAACAGCUUAAGAUACCUGAAACUCUGUAAAUGGUCAUCACAGAUCUGAUCUUGACAUGUCCAUCUCAGUCUGGCCUAUUGACAGAAAAACCUCUGCCACAUUUUGAACCUGUUUCACAUGCAUUCCACCUCCAGCUUCAUUGGAAGACUGGCGGUUGUCGGGAAGACGAGCGACUCCAAACGUCUUUCCAGAGGAACAGAAGUGAAGCUGCUCCUGUGGAGUACAAUUACCUCGAAAUUGCUGCUUUACCCCCUUGACCCGACGAGGAUUUUACCUAAAACCGCUUUCGGCCUCCCUCAGUCUGAGGCUAUGAGAGGGAGAGAGGAGUCCCAGGCCGCACCAUCAUGCUACUUCUGAGACGCUGGGAUGAGACUUUGGCUGGCAAAACACAAAGUAUUGCUCUCCCACUCCUACACCAUGCCUGUCUGCGGAUGCCGCGGCUGCUCCCCACCUUGCGGCCAUGCCAGGGCUUGCUCUGGCACCCCCUCGGUUGCUCAGGAGCAAGAACGGGUCCGAACCCUACAUCCACCCCCGCCGCCGUUCCACCACCACCGCACCGGUUCGUCUCUCUGCCUGUCCCUCCUUCUCCUGCUCCUCUGCCUUCUCCACCUGCCCCCGGCCUGCCACUCACGGAGAGACAAGCCCGGCGGAGGAGGCGGUGGCAGCCACUAUAUUCCCAUCCCUCAGCCUCCUCCCCACCACAUGGCCCUGCCCAACAUUUUGCAUGUCUUCAGCAUCGCUGUUGUCCUGGUGGGCAACUCCAGUGAAGUAGCGCUGGCCGGGGCCCGAGAGAAGGAAGACUUCAUUCACAUGGCGCCGAAUGUUGAAGUGCUGACCAUGAAUGAGACUGACCCUAAGAGCAUUAUCAAGAGCAUCUGCGACCUCAUGACGGAGCACUGGCUACAGGGCGUGGUGUUUGGGGAUGACACUGACCAGGAGGCCAUCGCCCAGAUCCUGGACUUCAUUUCAGCCCAGACGCAUAUCCCCAUUCUCGGAGUACGCGGAGGCUCCUCCAUGAUCAUGGCUGCCAAGGAUGACAACUCCAUGUUCUUUCAGUUCGGCCCCUCCAUCGAGCAGCAGGCGUCAGUCAUUUUGAACAUCAUGGAGGAAUACGACUGGUACAUCUUCUCCAUUGUCACAACGUACUACCCGGGUUAUCAGGACUUUGUCACCAAGAUUCGUAGUACCAUCGAGAACAGCUUUGUGGGCUGGGAAUUAGAGGAAGUUCUACUACUUGACAUGUCUGUGGACGACGGCGAUUCGAAGAUUCAGAACCAGCUGAAGAAACUCCAGAGCCCUGUUAUUCUUCUCUAUUGCACAAAAGAAGAGGCCAACACUAUCUUUGAGGUGGCCCACUCUGUUGGAAUCACGGGCUAUGGCUACACGUGGAUCGUGCCCUCGCUGGUUGCUGGAGAUACUGUUGUAGUGCCGGCCGAGUUCCCCACAGGCCUGCUCUCUGUCUCCUAUGAUGAAUGGGACUACGGCUUAGAGGCGCGGGUUCGCGAUGGUGUGGCGAUCAUCACUAUGGCGACUUCUACCAUGAUGAUGGACCGCGGGCCUCACACCCUCUUGAAGUCUCAGUGCCACGGAGCUCCUGACAGAAAGACCCCCAUCUCAGGCAACCCCAACGAAGUGCUCAGGUACCUGAUGAAUGUGACGUUUGAGGGACGAAAUCUGUCGUUCAGUGAGGACGGAUACCAGAUGCAUCCCAAGCUGGUCAUCAUUCUGCUCAACAAGGAGAGACAGUGGGACAGGGUGGGUAAAUGGGAGAACGGUUCCCUGUCCAUGAAGUACCAUGUGUGGCCUCGCUAUGAACUAUACGGGGGACCAGCAAACAGAGAGGAUGACCACCUGUCCAUCGUGACAUUGGAGGAGGCUCCGUUCGUCAUUGUGGAAGACGUGGAUCCGCUUAGUGGGACGUGCAUGAGGAACACUGUACCCUGCCGGAAACAGAUCAAAUCAGUCAAUCAGACAAAAGAGUCAGGGAUCUACAUCAAGCGUUGCUGUAAGGGUUUCUGCAUCGACAUCCUGAAGAAGAUUGCCAAGUCAGUCAAAUUUACCUAUGACCUUUACCUGGUCACCAAUGGAAAACAUGGCAAGAAAGUCAAUGGAACUUGGAACGGCAUGGUGGGAGAGGUGGUGUUAAAAAACGCUCACAUGGCCGUCGGCUCCUUGACCAUCAACGAGGAGAGGUCAGAGGUCAUUGACUUUUCCGUCCCCUUUAUUGAGACAGGCAUCAGCGUCAUGGUCUCUCGCAGCAAUGGCACCGUUUCGCCCUCGGCUUUCUUAGAGCCCUUCAGUGCGGAUGUGUGGGUGAUGAUGUUCGUGAUGCUGUUGCUGGUGUCAGCAGUGGCUGUGUUUAUAUUCGAGUACUUCAGCCCUGUGGGCUACAACCGGUGUCUGGCUGACGGCAGAGAGCCCCAUGGUCCAUCCUUUACCAUCGGCAAGGCCAUCUGGCUGCUGUGGGGUCUGGUCUUCAACAACUCUGUGCCAGUGCAGAAUCCCAAAGGCACCACCAGUAAGAUCAUGGUAUCAGUGUGGGCCUUCUUUGCUGUCAUCUUUCUGGCCUCCUACACUGCCAACCUGGCUGCUUUCAUGAUCCAGGAGGAGUACGUGGACCAGGUAUCCGGUCUGUCAGACAAAAAGUUCCAGAGUCCCAACGACUUCUCGCCUCCGUUUCGUUUUGGCACUGUCCCCAAUGGAAGUACAGAGAGAAACAUUAGAAACAACUACCCAGAAAUGCACUCCUACAUGACAAAGUUUCAUCAGAGAAAUGUCAAUGAAGCUCUGCAGAGUCUCAAGUCUGGCAAACUAGACGCUUUCAUUUACGAUGCGGCCGUGCUGAACUACAUGGCUGGCAGGGACGAGGGCUGCAAGCUGGUGACCAUUGGCAGCGGCUACAUCUUUGCCACCACGGGGUACGGCAUCGCCAUCCAGAAGGAGUCGCUCUGGAAGAGACAUGUGGACCUGGCCAUCCUGCAGCUCUUUGGAGACGGUGAGAUGGAGGAGCUUGAGUCCCUCUGGCUGACAGGGAUCUGCCACCAUGAGAAGAAUGAGGUGAUGUCCAGCCAGCUGGAUGUGGACAACAUGGCUGGCGUUUUCUACAUGCUAGGUGCUGCCAUGGCUCUUUCACUCAUUACCUUCAUCUGUGAACACUGGUUCUACUGGCAGCUGCGCUUCUGCUUCAUGGGCGUCUGCUCCGGCCAGCCCGGCUUCGUCUUCUCAAUCAGCAGGGGCAUUUACAGCUGUAUCCAUGGGGUGCAGAUCGAGGAGAAAAGCAGCUCUGCAUUGAACUCGCCAUCAGCCACCAUGAACAACACCCAUUCGAACAUCAUGCGGCUCCUACGGACAGCCAAGAACAUGGCGUCCCUGUCAGGGGUGAACGGCUCACCACACAGCGCUUUGGACUUCAUCCGUCGUGAAUCUUCUGUUUACGACAUCUCCGAACAUCGGCGCAGCUUGGCGGGCCACUCUGACUGCAAGCCACCCUACAUGCCAGAAGACAACAUGUUUAGCGACUACAUCAGUGAGGUGGAGAGGACGUUUAGCAACCUGCAUCUUAAGGACAGCAAUUUGUAUCAGGACCAUUAUCUACACCACCAUGGUUCAACUUUAGGGCUUAGCGGACCUCCUCCCAACAGACCCCAUAGUUUGGGUAGCGCUAGUUCUUUGGAGGGCGGCAUGUUUGACUGUGACAGCCUGGGUGGAGGGGUGACCCCUAUUUUUACCACUCAGCCCUGUUCAGCACUGACCCACAGGAACAUGAGCAAGUUUGACCUGCUGUCCGGACAGACUCCUCCCUCGGGCCAGAGCUUCAAGGGAGGCCUGCCCGACCUAUAUGGGAAAUUCUCCUUCAAAGGAGGUGCCUCGAGUUCCACUUACAUCCCUGGACAUAGCUAUUGUCCAGGGAGAGGAGAUGAUGAUGGGAAUAUACGCUCAGAUGUGUCAGACAUUUCCACGCACACGGUAACGUACGGAAACCUGGAGGGUAACGCCAAAAAGCGCAAACAGUACCGGGACAGCCUGAAGAAGAGGCCGGCCUCUGCCAAGUCCAGACGGGAGCUAGACGAGAUUGAGCUGGGCUACAGGAGGAAACCUUACCACAUCAGUCACCACCACUAUCACGGGCACCGCUCUGGUUCCCCACCGCUGCUGCCCUCUGAACGCAAGAGGGGUGGCGGAGGAAGCGGGGGAGGUGGAGGAGGGAACAAUGAUGGGAACUCUUAUCUUUUCAGAGAAAAGGAGAGCGUUAGAGAUUUUUAUUUGGACCAGUUUCGGCCCAAAGAUGGUGUCCCUCAGUGGGAACACGUGGACUUGACUGAGGGUCCUGGGAACAGAGAUGGAGGAGUAAGUACCUGCACCUCCCUGGUACCAGUGGAUGACUUUCUUCAGAGCAAACCCAAGAAGUCUGAUUCAAAGAGCGGGGGAGGUUCUGGAUUGGCUGGGGGAGAGUGGGAGUGCAGGAACUGUCGGGCUAGUGGGGGACUGGGGAGCAAGCAGAUGUCAUUGCAUGGAGGUGGCUAUGGUGGCGGCAUGAGUUGUGGGUCCUCGGGAGGGGGAGGCAGUCGUCCCAGCUCCGCAACCUGCAUGCGUUGUGAAGGCUGUAAAAAGACAGGAAACCUCUACGAUAUCAGCGAGGACAACAACCACCUUUUGGAACAGAUGGGGGGCGGGGCGGGUGGGGGAGGAGGGGGUGGCAUGGGUGCAGGCCCUCAGUCUCAAUCUCAGGCACAGCAGAGGCGGAAGAGCGGCGGUUUCGGUAAGCCACUUCGGCGGCAGCACUCGUAUGACGCAUUUGUCGACCUGCAGAAAGACGAAUUGGGUGGGAUGGGCAGUUUGAUGGGAGGCUUAGGAGGAGGUGGGGGCAUGAGCGGUGCAGGCAUGGGUGGAAUGCUGCCCCCACCCAGAAGUGUUAGCUUGAAGGAAAAAGAACGCUACAUGGAGGGCAGCAGCCCCUUUGCGCACAUGUUUGAACGCCACGGGGGCUCCGAGAGGGAAAGGGAAAGAGACAGGGACCCAUUGUUUUACGGAGGUGAGAGCCGGUCGGGCCUCUUCAGAGGCGGAGAUGGUGUCCACCGCCGCUCAAUAGGGGAAAGAGACAUGAGAGACAGGGACAGGUCUUUGAUGGAAGGAGGGGGCGGGGCAGGGUUCUCUUUAUCAAAAUCACUUUACCCCGACCGGGUAAACCAAAACCCCUUUAUACCCACUUUUGGCGAUGACCAGUGUCUGAUGCACGGCGCCAAACAAUAUUACAUGAAAAAGCAACAGCAGCAGCAACAAGUUGCCAAAAACAGCCGAAGUGACUUCAGGAGCCAGAUGAGUGCAACUUCGUAUCUGCCAACAUCUGCCACGGCGGCCGGGGUGAUGUCCAGCGCGACGCCCCGGUUCCCGAAAGAGCUCAGCCUCGGUGGAAUGAACCACCACGGUUCCAUGCUGGGGGUCGGACCCCCGCGUCCCUUCAACGGAAGCAAUGGCCAUGUGUAUGAGAAACUCUCCAGCAUUGAGUCUGACGUGUGAAAGACAAAUGUGGAAGGAGGAGCGGAGGCGAAGGAGGGGGGAGUGAGGAGAGCAAUAGAGGCGCAUCUAGUUCUAGGAGAUCAGGGAUGACUUUAAAGACGCUGUAGACACACUUUAACCCUAGCCCAUAUUGAGAUGUUAGGAUUGGGAGGAGGGGAGGUAAGGGAUUAAAGGAGGAAAAGACUGAAAGGUGGAGACUGAAAUAUAAAAUAAUGCGUAGAAGUUUUGAUUUUUGCAAGAAAUAAUGGGAAACAAAUCAGGACACCCUGAGGAAGUGUGGGAUAUCGCCCCCUUCUCUCAGAAAUGGCCAAAGCUACUACAUCCUCCCCUUAACUCAAGUCUACCAUUUUCCAUCCACCAGUGUGGCAGAAGUCAGUGUACUCGGUCGGCGUCGCGACGAGGCCGACACCUCUUCAUAGUCUGCUAUGGGACGUGUCGAGCCUGCUGCGAUUCCAUGGCUGUCUGAAAGGCUCCCUGCUGAGCGCUCACGAGGAAGGACAGCGAGAGCAGAGACGGGAUUGAACUGCCCAUCUGCCCCAGUGUCACAGCAGAAAAAGUAGAUAGGGUCACGUUUGCUGGAGCGGCGACACAGGACGAUGACUGCUGCUUCCCCGUCUUUCUCACGCUCAGUCAGGACGGAGACAGCCCUGUCUGUCCAUCUCUUUUCGCAAUGCACUUCAGUUCUCAAUAUCUCCUCUUUCUCUCCGCCCCACACCCCCCCAUGCUUUUCCUCCUCCUUAUCCUCGACGCCAAAAGAGCUGAUCUUGUUUGCUGUGAGAAAUACAAUCAAUGAAUGAUAAUAAGAUAUUCUUAUAGAAAAAAAUAACAGGGUAUAAGAACAACAGUAAUACUGAUACAGUUGUGAAUAACAGAGAUGUUUAGUGCUGAUUAUAAUAACACUGCUUAUAAUAUCACUAAGUUUUUACUUGUUUUGUGUUCUCGCCGUAAAAUCUUUCACUGCUGUUUUUAGCAUCUGUGGUUGCAGUCUGUCGUUCUCAGCUCAACCAACAAGCCAGAAAAACUGAUUUUUUUUAAAUUUGAAAAAAGAAAUAUUUGUUUUUGGUUUUCUGUAGAAUGCUCUUACUACAUCUUCAUGCAUUUAUUUGCUCCUUGUAGAAAAACAAGAUCUUGAAGAUGUAUUUGGAGUCGGCAGAAACACGACACUUAACAUUUAAAGGCAUCACAAGUGCACAGACGCGCGCACACGUUCGGUUUCUGUCCGUCUGAACUUGUGUUCUUUUGAACGAUGACGUGCCGACGGGAGCUGAGGAUGCUUGGGAGGAAGGACGUGCCUUAACGGUCUCCGGUGGAAAUGUCCUCCAAGUUCACAAGCGGCCCUCGCGCAGCAGCAGCCACCACCAGGACGGACCGGCAGGCUUCAUAAAGGCCACUCGGCGUUCUUGGGGUCACAUUUAUGAGCCAAAACUGCAGUAAAACAAAAUCAAAGAUUUACAGCGGGUUUUGAGGCAGUGCUGCUGCUGCUGGUGGUGGUUUAGAUACAAGAUACUGUUUAAGAUCUUUUAUAACUUUGUAAAACAGUGUAUUUCAUAUGUCAAGUGUGGGCAGCGUUUUAUGAGCCACCUGUAUUCAGGAUGUCCCAUUGUCACGGAUAGACCGAUGAGUCUCAGUUCACAACAUUGGCAGCCUUUAGAACACUUGUUUUUAUUCAGGUUACACAAUGACAGUCAUCAGGCACUUAACUUUUUCUCGGCCUCUUCACCGGUAUCCUGUCGAAGGCGUUACUUUUCGCUGAGCGGGCCGAGGGGCUCGCACAGUAAGCUUUUGUUUGGACAUCACGUGUGAUUAAUAUUUGCGCUGUCGUUUACGUAGGCGAAACGCUGCAAAAAGAAAAGAGAAAUGUGUAGGAGGAGUGUUGCCGUCCCGCGACAACAAUGCUGAUGGAAGUUUGAGCAGAGAGGAAGAUGUCUAUUUGAGAGACUGGCUGAUUGCUUUUUACUUUGACUGAUGUACAUAGUCUUUUUAGCUGAAGAGGCCUAAUUUCUUGGACAGGACUUUUUACUCAGUGUAGGUUCAGGCACUCAGUAGACAUGCCUUAUCAUCCCAUUGCCCUCGCCCCCACCCUGAGCUGUCUGAUGAUGACUCAUCGCAUUACUGUACAGAACAGAGGGAGCCCUGGUAGUUCUUUAAAGGUCUGAUCUUCGAUUAGUUGGUGUCAAAAAGUUCAAGGGCUGCUGGAGAUUGCGCGGGGAGCGCCGGUCCGAGGAGUGUGAUCUUUAUCAUUGUCGACCACUAUAUCUUAAGGCACCAGUGGAACGGACUGGGGAGGAUAUGCACGCGCACACGCGUGGAGGGAAGCGAAUCAGGAUCGAGUGAUAACAGCUGUUCUUUUUUUAAACACUAACUCUGUUGACAACUAUUCAUAAAUUCAAAAACUUGUCCUCCUCCUCUUCCUCAUCCCUCGCUCCACAGAUCACACUGUCAAAGCGAGACUUAUCGAGCUAGCCUUAAAUCCGACUCAUCUGCCCCCCACACACACCCUCCUAAUAAACAGAUUGGGAUCUCUGGAAUUUUUAUAUGCACACAUUUUGAAAGUUCAGGUCAACCAUUAAAAGCAAGCUGGUAUAGGAAGGAGA